AUGAUUGGUAAGGUUGAAUAUUUGGAAAAAUAUUUGGUGGCACCACCACCUAGCAGAGACUACUAUGGCCUCAAAAUUCUUCAGGACGAGGUGAUACUCUAUAUCUGGAAAAUAUCUCACGGACCUCACAAGACGCCGAUUUCUCGUUGUACCAAAUUUUUUGAAUUCGAUCAGGACAAAGCUUUGCAGGAAGAUAUAAGUCGAUUUUUCGGUGAGCACUUCGUAAAUUACGUUAAAAGUAUCGCAGAAGGAAAAGGGAAUACGCUUUUGACAUUACCACGAUCUUCGAUCGGUAAAAUCAUUGAAUUUCUUAAGAUCGAAGAUAUCGUCAAUUUAUCAUCUUUGUCACGUAUUGCAAACGUAAUCUUUAGCGAUAAUUUCAUCUGGGAAGCUUUAUAUAGAAGGCACAAGAGGUUCAAUAUUCGUAGAGAGGAAAGAGAAUACGCUAUGGCUUAUGGUUGGAAACAAGCUUUCAAAGAAAAACAAAUGGCAAUUUCUACCGGACUACACAAAAUACCAGGAUCAACGAUCAAACAUGAAAACUUAAAAAUGCAGCAUCGAUUGACUAAAUCCAUAAGCGGACCAUUAAAAACUGUAUCCAAAACAUCAAGUUCGUCUAUGAACAGCGAAACUGUAACACCCUUGCAAAUUACUCAAAAAAAUGCAGAGACGAAUUUAACGAAAUCAUUUAGAAAUAACGUGAUCGAUAAUACUGCUAAAACGAUUCAAAUGGAUAAGAAAAUAAAUACAAACAUCAAAAAGAUUAAUAACGUAAAAGUGAAUAAACCGCAAAACAUAAAGAGUGUUAUUAAAGAAAAAUCGAAUGUAAGGAAAACAGAAUCGAAGCAUGACGUUCGUGAAUCAUUUUCUGAUUCGAUGACGGUCACUCGGAAAAAUGGUAUAACGCAACGAAAUCAAAAAUCUGUUGUUACCGCGAAAAAUACUAAUACGACAAUAGAUAUAACCGGGAAAGGUAAAUUCGGUGAUUCGAAAAAGAAUGUACAUAAUAAAAGUACUCUAUCGAUGAUAAAAUCGAACGAUGGAACUGCAACAGGUCAACAAAUCAAAAACAAAUCUCGAUCUAAAAAUAAAACCAAGGCGAAGGCAUUAAUACAAAAUAAUUCGAACGUUUUAAGUACUGACAAAUCUUUUUUGGACGAAUCAUUAGACAUGAAAAAUGAAAAUUUCGAAUUGGCUUAUCUGAUAGAGGAAAGUCUAAAGAGAAUUCGUAGUCCCAGGACAGUAUUUGAUUACGAUUUUAGUUAUCUCAGGGAUUCGAAAACUUUCUCUGAUCCAAUAAAAAAGAAAGAGGAAACUGGUAAAACAAUAAGUACGAUGAAAGAUUCGAAGCGAGAUCAAGGCAAUACGAGACUCGAUCGUCUAUCGGAAAAUUCUGAUUCUAUGACUACAUUAUCGAAUGAUUCUAUAAUAAACGAUGUUAAGGCGAAUGAAUCGGAUCAUUCUGGUAUUAAAAUUCCAAUGAGUGAAAAAAAUAAAUCUUGGGAUUCAAAAGUGACUACAUUAUCGAAUGAUUCUAUAAUCGAUAAUGUUAAAGCGAAUGAAUUGGAUCGUUCUAUGAUCAAAAUUCCAAUAAGAGAAGAAAACAAAUCUCGAGAUUCGAAAAUUAUUAUUGGUCGAAAUGAAACGAUCGAGCGUGUCAUCGAUUUUGAUAAAAAUUCUCCUAAAAAAAGUCCAAAAAUAAAGGAUGAAAUGGAUAAGAAAUAUUGUAUCCCUAAAGGGAUUCAAAUGUCCAUUAAAAGUCCAAAAAUAAUGGAUGGAAUGGAUAAGAAAUAUUCUAUCCCUAAAGGAGUUUUAAAUAGUAUUGAUAUAAUGAAAUCUUUAAAGUCGAGUAAUCCGGUGAUUAAAUCGACCACAAUAUCCGGGAAAAAUUUCAUGACGACUGCUACGAACCGAUUUGCCUUAAAAAAAAAUGUAAAUGAGUUGCGAAAGGAUCAAAUAAUAUAACACAAUUGAAAGAACGUAUUCAUGCAAUCCAAGAUAAGCAUGGUAAACGAUAUGAUAACUCGUAUGACGUAACACAUAACGCAAAAACGUUAAAAUUUUCAUUCAAACAAAAAAUUCUUAUUCGUCAUUAAUAUCUCGUAUCAUCCUGACAAUUAAUUGAAAUGUUUCUAUAUAUGAUCACAAUUUGAUGAUAUGUCCUUAAAUACAUAAGUUUUCGUCUAACAUCGUAUUUACAUUGUCACUAUUUUGAAAAUAAAUUUUAACUUUAACAUAA